UGGCCCAGAGUUCAUAUUUUCUAUUUUUUUUUUUCAUAACCUAGAACACAUAAAUUUAGGUGCUACGAAAGAUCUCUCCAUCAGAAUCACUGAUUUAAAGAAGUUGUGCUGAGGAUAGGUUUCAAGUUUAAUUCAACUCAACCAAUUCUAGAAUUUUUAAUACUUAUUGUAAAGUGUAGAAGUUCCUAGUUAGUUAUUGAUUAACUAUUGAAGAGAAUUCAAGACAAAAAUGAAAUACCAAUCAUGGCAUACUGUUGUUACUCUACAUUUCAUAUUUUGUUCUGGCAUUCUGAUAGUUGGGGUUCAACACGGCUAGGACAGAUAUCAUGUCGUUCGUAUUCGUAAGAACCCCGAAAGGAGCAUGGUCACUCGUCCAGCAGGUUUAGCAGAGAAUCGUCUCAACGACUUAGAAAAUGUCACCAUUAGCAAUAAGUGAUGUAACCCUCUUAAGCCAUGUACUAGUCAUAAAAUGAAUUCUUGGAUUAUUUUGUUAUCAAUACUGGUAGCAUUGUUUACAUAACAUUACAAGAGGUUUAUAUCUUAAGGGCCUUUCCUUUCUUCUUUUAUUUAAUCGAAAUACACGUUUGCGGUGAGUAACGAUCAACACAAAGGAAUAUGUUCUAGGCUCGUGCUUUGGACGCAUCACAGCACUCCUACACUGAUAAUGUAUUGGCGUUAUACAUAAAGAUGUGUGCCAAUGUAGGUGUGAUGUUGUCAGUGUGUGCGUCGGUGUGAGUAGAUAAUUUAUCGAGAAGUGAGCUCCGCUUGCCGCUUGCCGCUACGCAGCAACUGGCCGGUGUGGUGAGGUGGGUCGCACUUUAUAUGGAGAGUUGUCUAAUCCACUGAAUAAAUUACCAUUGGGCCUAGGUUUCUCCUGAAUGACUAAUGGACAUUUAAAGAAUUAGCUCAAUGCGCAUGCCAUGGCAUACGCUUUCCAAUUUCUAUCCAUGUAAAUCGCCUCACAUAGCCUGAUACUUGUACUCAUUUAGUUUACCUAGGACCUUAAUUCCAGAAUAAAUGUUACUAUUAGUACGUCGAUAAGUCAAGGUAUCAUAUUAUUUUUCUGGUUUAUACAUUUUGUUUUACAGCAAAAGUUUGGACGAAAACAUGUUAAUAAUCAGUACACAUAAUAAAAUGCCAAUCAACAAACCACAUAAGGCUUUCAAUAUCUCGACUUAUCCUGUCAGGUACCGACAUUUGUUAAGUAAUAACAUGCAGUCGCCUAGUCGGUGCGGUUCAGCGCAAUCGCAAUAAAAGUGGCGCUACCUGGCGCCUACGCGGGCCGCACUCUCUGAUCUAGCGGAGUAAUACUCAAUAGCCUGAAGGCCAGUCUUUCCUUUAUAUUCAAAUUUUGAUGUUGUUAAGUUUAUACCAAAGAGUGUAACAUAAAUAGUGUCUGUUAUAAUUUGCCAGGGUUAUUAAUGGGAAUCAUCAUUGAAUUUUAUAUGUGAAACGGAAAGGAAUGGAGGAAGGGAUGUUCUGGUGAAACUUGAAAAAAUCCAAAUAUAUCUAUUAUUUUAAAUUAAUUUAGUCACUUAUUCAAAUCGUAAGUAGAGACAAAUAGCAUUUAUUGGUAUAAAAUAAACAUGAAAAGGUAACAGUUCUGAAAAAAUCUUUUUAAGAUCUCUUCAAAGUUUUACGACGCUCUCAAUGGACGGGUACGCAGCCCGCAGGUAAAAGUCGCAGGAAGACAUGCGCAAGCGAUACCGGCGCAGGCGCAGCCAACGCGGCGUCAAACGACACGCUCGGGAUCCAAUGAUCCAACGCUAUGCGAUUCCGCCAUGCCGGUAGAACGCCGGCGCUUUGAAAUUGGUCCUUUUUUAUUAAGACUAAAGGAAUAGAGUUUAGUAUGUUUCCCAUUACGGGAAUAAUAAGUAGUAGAAGGUGUUUUAAACCAGAAUAAAAAUGCGUAAAAUACGUGUUUGUUAUUAAUUGCAUUAGAGGAUUUCAGAAGAAUCCUAUUCGGCAUAGGACGCGAUUAAAAAUAAACGUAUUCAUUUUUGAUCUGUUACAAAAUACACUUAACAACUUUACCAAGCACAAUUGAUAUAAAAUUAACACUAUUUACAAACACCACAACUUUUGUAACGAUAAAAUGUUUUAUAUUACAGUACUCAUGUAUUAAAUUUGAAAUAAAAUGAACACAGCCUGCAAUUCUUAUUAGUCUACCGAACUCUACAUUGAAAUAUAGAGUCCAGAUAAGAGAUUGGUGGAGGGAGAUUUAGGUAAAUAAAUUUAUAUUGGUAGCUAUUUUAGUAGUCACCUAUUGACUGGUUAUAUAAGAAAAAUAAAGGACCUCAUAAUAAUCAAAAGUAUAAAAAUAAACAGUCGCUACAUAUUAAUAUUAUAUCGCAUUAAAUUAAGCCCACACGUGUUUGCCUUUUGCGUUGAUAACUUAAAUUAUGCGAAUUACAGAACUGUCCUUAUGAUUAAGGGCAAAUAACUAUAAUGGGCAUUCUCGAGUUAUUAAGUUCAGAGACUCGAAGCCAGCGAACCGUUGAAGGUCAAAUGCUCAAGUUACAUUGCCAUGCAUAAUACUAUACUUACAUGAACGAACAUUAUUAAUCAUUGUAUUUACCUUCUUUAUAUGCAAUAAAUAACAUCUGCUUACAACAAAGUUUUGAAGUUUUGGGUAGAUAUAUGCACAAAAAAAUCUAACAUGGAGUCUUCUUUAGCUUGUUCUUCAACAGCAUAAUUUCGUAAAUGCAUAAGUCUCUACAAAUCACUUCCAUUCUGACAUGCUGUCACAAAUCCUGACUGUAAACUUACAUAUCUAAAGAAGAAAACAAUGAUUUUCACCAAAGAAAUCAUGGAUUCUAGAAACGGUAGUGAGACUCUGUGGGAUCAAGCUAGGUAUUUGGGUUGACAGUAACAAAUACAUGAUUAACAAGUAACAACAACAUUUAACUUGUUGAUUCAAGCCGUGUGCGUAUAAUGACUACUUAAUUACAAUUUCCAAUUUAAUUAGGUCUUGUGUAUGUGUGCGUAUCGCGCCAUUUUCCCUUCCAAGCUUCAAGGACCGAUGUUAACAGCGGUAAUCUUUACAUUCCCGUAUCACAGUGCAUGGACAAGCAGAUAUAGGUACCUACUUAUAAACUUUUAAGAUAUUAUUUGGAUAUCCUAUGAAAAUAAUUAUGAAGUAGGAUGGAAGUCAUGAAGAUAUUAUUUGCUGUUUUUUAUGUGAGAAAAAAUUCUACAUAGACUUUUUCUGUUUCGGGGAGUGUGCCGGACACCUAAAAUCACCGCAGUGCUUAAGCUCUACAAAAAGGGGGCAAGGCGGAAACGCUUCCGUAGACUAACUUCCUACCGUAACUGCAUAGGUAUAACAUUUGAUUGAAAACAAGAAUGUUUCUUUAAAUUUAGAUCCUUAAAAUUCAAUUACCUUGCCAAAAAUACACAAUCGCUUUCACGAUAUGAAAAAGAUUGUUCAAAAUUGUAGACAGAUAAUUUAGUACGGCUAACUAAAAUAAUAUCUAUCGAUGGCCAAUAGUGUCAAUGAAAAGAAUGCUCUUUCUUAUAAUUAGUAUCAAGACAUUACAUAAUCAGAUAUCUAUAACAAUAUGUUCAUUCUGUGUAAGUAACGGCAAGCUGCCAAGUAAGCACACCCACGGUCUCACACCCAACAUAGAAACUGCGCUCAUUCCCUUUAAAAAUUACGUUGGUUGGCUGACUUUGAGUGACGUGCAGUUUGCUGACGUUGACCUAUGUAGGUACGAAGACGGUAGGUAGGUAAAGUAGUUGCUAAGCACCUACUUGUUUUGUUUAGCAGUCAUCCCGAUCACUGGAAUAGUGACAUCUGUGACUAAAAACCGCUCACCGCAUAAUUCCGCUUCAUCAUUCUGCCGUCCUUUCGGUAGCUCUCAAGUUUUGAAAAAUUUAAGGAUAAUUGGAAAAUAUUUCUAGAAUAGGUAAGUACAUAAGCAAUGACCUAUGCUUCAAAUGAUUUUACCAAAAAAAAAAAUCAACUUAAUUGCACUUCGGUUUUUAUAAUGAUUUUUACCCGCAAUCUAAUAUUUGAUAUUUACUAUUUAGGUAGGUAAAGUACAUUUAUUACUUAGAAAUCAGAAUUAAGGGCUGUCCAGCUUAGGUGAGCGUCAAGGUAAACCGGCGUGGCUGCGCAGCGCCACGGAGUCUGGUGCGGCCAGAGCCGCCCCCCCUCCCCCCGCCUUCAGCUGCGCGCCGCUCCCCAAAGCACCUACCUGACAUGCUGCCCACGCAAGCGAUCGGCCUACGCGCCUUUGCUAUGUUCAUAAGUGUCUACGCAUGAUGCAUAAUAAUGAGUAACCUAAGCGUGAUUCGAGCGUAAAAGAUGCCUAAUCAAUGUUGACAGGCGUCGUUAGGUUUACCUUAUACAAUAGUAAAAUGAUUUUCGUUCUACGAAAGUAAGAUGACGAACCAAACUCCAUAUUGCAUUCUUCUUUAAGUCCAAAUUUAAUAUGAGUAGGCCGUAUUGUCACAGAUUACUAAAGAGUUCUUACUUCGUAAUUAUUGUGCCCAAGUCACAAUUACCUAUGUACCUAUAAUACAAUAUUGCACAGAAACUUGUUUUUUUUUAACGAAAUCAAGCUACCUACCUAACCUUGCUUCUUGUUAUCCUACGUAAACACCUAUAACACACUGUUUACUUAACAUAAAGUAAUCACGUUCUAUGUAAGCCGGCCUUUCCCGCUAUCUAGUCAAUAUGAACAGAUACAUCAGUCGGUAACUAAAAUAGCAAUUAAAGGACUUGGCAAGUUGGUGCGUCUUAUCUAUACCUUGAGGUCAGGAGGUGUGCAUCUCAUUAUAAUAAUGAGUUAUCGUGCGGAUAGUGGAUCCGCGAUGAAGCAGGCUGGCGGUGGCGCGAUGGCGGCUCGCAAGUGAGUCAACACCGCGGUGCCGCGAUCGUGAUACCGCUCACGUUCGUCGCCACGAUCACUACCUUACGGCUUCUUGUCAACCUAUAGCCGUUACAUAUGUAUUUGAUGUCUUAGAAACCGAACGUCUGACAAAAUCUCAACAUUGGACCUGUUUCUAACGUUACAUAAUUUGUAACAAAUUCUGAGCAACAACAGUAAAAGAUCGAAUUAUUCCGCACAUUUAUAUCCUACACGCAACAGGAAAACAAAGAGCACAAUAACUUUCCUUCAUUGAAAAUCUAAUUAUUUUGAUGUCAUCAUUUUUCAAAUAAGCAUUUGAUUAUUUGAUAAGAAAGUCGCCAUAGUUAAUUUUGCGUCAACGAUUACUUUUCAAAGAAAAUAUGCAUAUUCCGUUGGAGUUGUGGAUACUUUUUAUUUGGUUUAGUGCAGUCAAGGCGAUGGGUCAGACCCAUUUGAAAUUUUCUCAAAACCCAGCUCCAGAUGGGCACAGGUGCGGUGUUUGUCCUACGUACUUCCAGAAGAUAUGCGCAUUUGACAUGCUGUCGAACUCCACGUUUAUAUUUGACAACCACUGUGUAAUGGAUCUGUACAACUGCAUAGAAGGAUCAGCAUUCGUUCCUAUGCGGUAUGAUAAGUGCCUCUUCUUUGGUAAUUUCGGCUACGUUCACGGAUACAAGUAUGAAGACAUGGACUACGGAGAGGACCACGUUGUAGUCAAGCAUUCACAAAAGAACCCAGACUUCAUCAGAUAACUAUGUUUAUUGAAAAUAUAAAACAAAUCCUAGUUCCGUUUUGAAAGUCUACAACUUA